AUGCUGAUGGAUGACAUGGGCUGGGGCGACCUGGGCUUGAAUGGUGAUCCCAGUCGGGAGACGGUGCGACUCGAUCAGAUGGCUCGAGAGGGCAUGUUGCUGACAGACUUCUACGCCGCCAGUCCGCUUUGUUCGCCCUCGAGGGCGUCGCUGUUGACCGGUCGUCUGCCAAUUCGAAAUGGCUUCUACACGACCAAUGUCAAAGCGAGGAACUCAUAUGUGCCUCAGGAGAUGCUCGGUGGCAUUGCCACCUCGGAGAUUCUCAUUUCAGAGCUGUUAGCUUGGGCCGGCUACCGCAACAAGAUCAUCGGCAAGUGGCACCUAGGGCACAGUCGACCUGAGUACCAUCCAGUGGCUCGCGGCUUUCACGAGUACUUCGGCACACCGAACGUCCACUUUGGCCCGUACGAUGACGUGAAAACGCCCAAUGUUCCGGUCUUUCGCGACCAGCGCAUGGUGGGGCGCCUCUUUGAGUCAAAGGAGUUCGCCAUUGACCGGCGUCGUCAGCUGUCCAAUCUGACGCAGCUCUACACUGAGGAGGCGAUUGACUUUAUCCGCAGACAGUCCGCUUCCAGGUCCUGUCAGCCGUUCUUCCUCUACUGGACGCCGGACUCACUGCACGCGCCCACUUUCCGCUCGGCCGCCUUUGCGGGCAGCAGCAGCAAGGCCAGCUCAUACGGGGACGCCCUCGUCGAGGUGGACCACUCGGUGGGGCGUAUUAUGGACGUGAUACGAGGUGACCCUCGCCUGGCGCAGAACACCCUCGUCUUCUUCACCAGCGACAAUGGCGCCGCUCUGGUCAGCAAGACCGACGCCGGCAGCAAUGGGCCGCUGCUCUGUGGCAAGCAGACCACAUUUGAGGGCGGUUUCAGGGAGCCGGCAAUUGCUUGGUGGCCAAGUCGCAUUGCGCCCGACACUCGCACCGCUCAGGUGGCCUCGCAGAUGGACCUCUUUCGGACAAUAGUCAACUUGGCGGGGCUGGAGAUGCCUCUCAAUCGAACCUACGACUCAAAUGACCUCGGGCCGGUGCUCUUUGCCAAUAGAAGUGAGAGUGGCGAAGGGGCACAGCUCAACUCGUCAAUGUUCUUCUACCGAGGAGACACGCUGAUGGCAGUUCGAAAUGGUCCCUACAAGGCGCACUACUGGACGUUCACCAAUCCAAUCGAGGAGUUCCGUCGUGGCAUCGACUACUGUCCGGGCAGUGCAGUGGCUAACGUCACCACACACCGACUGACGCCCCACCAAAAGGCGCCCGUGCUUUUUCACCUGGUUCGCGACCCCGGCGAGCGGUACCCGAUUCCCCGAUGGACGGCAGAGUACAAGUGGGCAAAGAGGCAGCUGGACGCUAUCGCAGAGCAGCACCAGGCGGAGAUGCAGCCGGGCGUGCCAGUGCUGAACAUCUGCGACCGAGCGGCGAUGAACUGGGCACCGGAAGGUUGCGAGCAACUUAAGAUGUGUCUGCCGAAGCCCAUUUCAGCGCCGUAUCACUGCGACUGGCCCCAUUAG